AAAGCGAUGCAAGAUAUUUGGGAAAAUGGAAAGUAUAUCAAUGCAGAAAUUAUUGGCCCAUGAUAAGACGAAGGACGAACUAACAGAGUUUCUUUCCAAUCAGAUUCAUCAAUUAGGCGUGACCAACAACAAAAGGUUUUUCUCAGAAAUAAAAUAAAAGCGCGCCUCUGAUUUUUAAAGGGAUAUAAAGGCGAACGCAAGUAAAUAAAUAUAAGUUAGACUCACCUGCGGGAUAACUUCAGUAAUGUUUCGUUUUUUGUGUAUACUAAUGUGUCUUUUAUUUACAAAUACAAGGGGUGAAAUUGUAGAUAAAAGAAUAAUACUGAGAGUGCGACAAGGCAUUGAAAAAACUAUUCAAUACAUUGAUAAUCUUUACAACAGAGUUAAUGAAGAUUGCUUGUUUGCCGUCGUACUUAGUACAGCUAUUAUGGCAGAUGCUUAUCGCAACGGAACCCAUAUUAUGGACCCCAGUACUUUAAAAAUAGUUGACAAGUUAACUGAUGUUUUGAAAAAAUCAAUACCUUAUAUUCACUCGGAUCGUCAAUGGAUCGUCGACAAUAUGUUGAUCCCAUAUAUGUGGCGGCAAGACAUCAAAUAUAAAUACAAUGAUUUUAAAGUAUCCAGAAUUAAAAAUUAUUCAGUAAUGAACAAAAUACGUAACUAUCACAAUGAUCCGUUUUUCACAAAUAUUGAUUUCUGUUUUGAGGAUUUGCUUAAUAUUUCAAGUUUGUUACUGUCAAAAACAUGCUUGGUCAAUGGAAAAUGUUUGGACAUUUAUAACAGAAAUGAUGACAGCUCGUUUGGAUAUAUAACAACUCACAAGUUGUUAUUAUUGCAAGUAGCAAAACAUCGAAAUUGUUUAAUGGAUAACAAUAUUUACGAAAGAAACGUAAAACGCCUUUGCUCUCAAAUAUAUUCAGAUGUAUUCCACGAAGACUAUUACGAUGAACUAGAUGGACUGUUUGACUUAUUUGUGGAACAAGUUGCUCUAUGUGGUUAUGAAGGCUACACGGAUUUUCUUUCAAAUAAAUGGCUGCUAUACAUUUUGAAAUCCCAAAGAUCAACAGGAUGCUUCGCAGGAAAUUUAACGGAUGACUUAAAAACGAAAAUCAAGAGGACCUCAAAUAUAUUUGAGGAUGGAUGUGCAGAUCACACUACUGGGAUUGCACUCACGGUUCUAUCAUUAUAUUACAAUUUCAUUGUAAAAGAAAUAUUUAUAUAAUAUAAAAAUUGAAUAUUACAUACUAUUUUUUGUUUAAUUUCUGCACUUGAUAAUAAAUGUUAAGAAUUAAAGAUUUC